UUAGUUCAGCUGGUGUCAGUGGUUGUUCUGCAGCGGUUCCAAGUGCGUGUCUUUUGUUAGUGCUUGCAGCUGCUGAUAUUAUGGACGAACAGAGUCGCAUGAUGCACCCAGUUACCUCUCAAGUUGGAAUGAUGCCUCAAGGGUAUGGGAUGCAACCUGUGGAUCCGAACCAUGGGGGCCCAACGACUCCUGAUCAGGAAACCAGAAAGCAAGAUAUUGGGGAGAUUCUUCAACAAAUCAUGAACAUCACGGAUCAGUCCUUGGACGAGGCUCAAGCAAGAAAACACACUCUUAACUGCCACCGCAUGAAGCCAGCCCUUUUCAGCGUGCUGUGUGAAAUCAAGGAGAAAACAGGUGAGUUUUUGUACUUUCGAAGCCAUAGCUGCCGUGAUUUGGUUCUGACUUCGUUCCCGGUUUGGAGCAUGUUCACGGUAGUCCCUUGGGCCGUGCAGCGCAUUGUAAUGCGAUAA